ACCAGCAGUGCCUGCAUAUCUAGCACAGGAUCACUCUGUGACUUUCCACUUCUCUCUGCGCUUCUGUCAUUCCCACUCUGUCAUUCAGUGUUUUUCUGUAUUGGACUAUUCCUGUUAAUAUAGCAGAAAUGCCAGUCAAAGUGUUUUUUACAAGUGUGAGUGGUUCUACACAGAUUAAGAAGAACCAAGAGAGAGUCUUUUCUAUCUUAAACGCCAAGAAGAUCCCCUUUCAACCUGUGGACAUUUCUCAGAGUUCUGAUGAUAAGGAUUUAAUGAGGCAGGGAGCAGGAGAUCCGACCGCGCUUCCUCCACAAAUAUUCAAUGGAGACGUCUACUGUGGAGACAUCAGUGCAUUUGACAAUGCAAUAGAGAUGGAACAAUUGGAGGACUUCCUUAAGCUCUGAAAGGAACAGUGACAACAACUACAUUGCCAUAACCAACUAAACCUGUUAAAGAGGUGUUUUUUGUUCUUUUUUUUACUUUGUUUUUACCCACACUUGUGUGAUAAUAUAUCAUGUAUUCAAGUUUCCUCAGAGCUAGUCCUAGAAAUGCAGUUUUUUUUAAAUAAAAAAAAUGCUCAGAAUAGAAUUGCAAA